AACUCGACACAGCUCUUACUCUCAGCCUCGGCAAACAUAAGUCUCUGUGUUUGGCUGGCAGGCUACGGAAGACAACUGAACACUAGUACCGACUGAUUGUAUUUACCUCCAACUAUAACAAACCGAACAGUCUUUCUUUUAAAAUAUUUUACAAUCUGUCGGUGCCUGCCACAUUUGUUCUGCCCGGGUUUAGGAACAGUUUAAGUCGCGGUGUUCCAAUUUUCAGCAGAAUAAAUAACGAACAAAUAAAGCGAAAUAACGGACACGCUUUGGGUGAAAUGUACGGUUAUGAUUACUGUCUUUUGAGGAGGGUGUCUAACACAGAGCUGUAGUUUCUCUUCAACAAGCGAGGAAUGCAAUCUGAGCAUCAAUGUUUCACUGGGGCAAGUGGAAGAAGAGGAUGGGAGCCAAUAGUUCUUCAAAGAGACCCGUUUUCGAUGAAAAGGAAGAUGUGAAUUUUGACCACUUCCAGAUAUUGCGGGCCAUUGGGAAAGGGAGCUUUGGAAAGGUAUGCAUUGUGCAAAAGCGGGACACCGAGAAGAUGUACGCCAUGAAGUACAUGAACAAACAGCAGUGCAUAGAGAGAGAUGAGGUCCGAAACGUCUUUAGAGAGCUUGAGAUCCUACAGGAAAUUGAACAUGUUUUUUUAGUAAAUCUCUGGUAUUCAUUCCAGGAUGAAGAGGACAUGUUUAUGGUAGUGGACCUCCUGCUGGGAGGAGAUCUGCGCUACCACCUGCAGCAGAGUGUCCAGUUCAGCGAGGAUGCUGUCAAACUCUACCUCUGUGAGAUGACACUGGCGCUCGACUACCUGCAGAGCCAGCACAUCAUCCAUAGAGAUGUCAAGCCAGACAACAUCCUGUUGGAUGAGCAAGGUCAUGCUCAUCUGACAGACUUCAACAUAGCAACCAUAAUAAAGGAUGGAGAGAGAGCCACAGCCUUAGCUGGAACCAAGCCCUACAUGGCUCCAGAGAUCUUCCAGUCUUUUGUAAGUGGAGGGACGGGCUAUGCCUUUGAAGUAGACUGGUGGUCACUAGGGGUGACAGUCUUUGAAGUGCUUCGUGGAUGGAGGCCCUAUGACAUUCAUGCCAGUAACUCAGUGGAGUCCCUGAUUCAGCUCUUCAGUACAGUCAGUGUCCAGUACAGCCCAGCCUGGCCCAAGGACCUGGUUUCCCUCUUGAGGAAACUACUGACAGUGAACCCAGAGCAUCGUUUUUCCAGCCUGUCUGACAUGCAGACAUCUCCCUACCUCGCUGACGUCAACUGGGACGCUGUGUACGAGAAGAAGAUGGAGGCCGGAUUUGUUCCUAAUAAAGGUCGCCUCCACUGCGACCCCACCUUUGAGCUGGAGGAGAUGAUCCUGGAGUCACGCCCCCUUCACAAGAAGAAGAAGAGGCUGGCCAAGAACCGAUCUCGAGACAACAGCAAGGAUUCGCAGUCUGAGAAUGACUACCUACAGGAGUGCCUUGAAGUGGUGCAGCAAGAGUUCAUGAUCUUCAACCGUGAGAAGUUGAAAAGGCGUCAGGAGGAGGGUCAGUCGGAGGCCGGGGGCGACGAUGCCAGCGGAGAUGGGGACGGUGAGGCCGAAGCUGGGGCCACUGACGACGACGCACCCGAGCCAGAGCCAGAACCCGAGCCGGAGCCUGAGCCUGAGUCCUCCUCCAAACUUAGCAUGUGUGGUUCGGUUUGCUCCUCCCCAGGAAGCUGCUAGCGCCACAUCGCCUCACAGUGACGAUCGCAGGUCUCUCUGGCUGCUGCCAUGCCAAUAGAUACGUUCCCACCUCUCUUCUCUGUUGUAGCCAGGAGGAGGAAAAUGCACAGCGGGUUGGGCUUGAUGCACAGCAGGACCCAAAAUGGCUCCCACCAUAUCCCCUUUUUUUUUCUGUAGCAUCCUUUCGGUAAGGCAUGAACGAAGCAGUUUUCCAGAGAGUCCCCGUGCUAGAGUAAGCUCUAACUUCUAUGCAAUGUUAACGUAUAGCAUGAUAAAUAAGGUAUCACUUACUAGGAGGUGUUGUUCACAAGCAGAAAGCUACAUGAGCAUGAUGACAUGCCGAGCAAUAGCAGUCCACAGUUUUUGGAGGGUUGGCGGUUUUGGCGGAGACGCCCUCACAGCCUUCCUCUUCAGAAUCUGAUGGGGACAACUGAAUUAUUCAGCACACACAGGCACUCAGUUUAUAUUGUUGCUUGUGUCUUCAGUUCACUCUUCCCCUCAGCCUCUUUCAUGUUACGGGUGCCCUAAUUCGGAACAAUCAUUUUUCAUUUACUCCUCCUGGAGCGCCUUCCUACUGUUGCAACACCUGUCCAAGACACAUUUGCCGUGAGUGUUCAUGACCAGGAAGGUGUAGCUCGUCUCAUGUUUUAAGCUAGUUUUAAAUUGGUGCCUGUUGACUAUAGUCAGUAUUUGUUAAUCUCACUGUAGCAAUGGAUGCAUUAUAGGUCAAAAAUGCUAGUUUGAAGUCAGCUUUUCUUUUUCCACGCUUCUUUUGGGAUGAUAAGGUACUGUAAGUUAUGGAGAAUCAGUACAGCAAUCAGAAUGAAAGGUUUUGCUUGUCACUGUGUCUGUAAUGGUUACCAGGAUUUAGUAUUUUAGCCCUGCACCAUGCUCUGACUUAAAGAGCAUUCAGAAACUCUGCUCUGGGGAAUAAAUACCAGUCACCAACAGCCACUUCUGUUAAGAAUCUAUUAGAGAGCUCUGUUUACUUCACUGGACAUCAUCUCUCUUUAAGUGCUUGUUUAGUGUAAAGAUCAUCUCCCUGUAGAGCUUGUUUUGGAGCCGUACUUACAUGUGUAGCUGUGCCCUGUUGGUACUUCAAAUCGUAUAGAUGAGCUAGUCUAUUACUGUCAUAGUGAUAGUGGUACAUUUUAAGGUGGCGCCAUUAAUCUCAGUCUGAAUACCUGGGAACAUGUAGCAAAGGUCCACCUUAAAACCCUAAGGCCUAAUAAAGUGAAACCCAUGUAAAUAGCAUACAGUGUAGGUAAUUAAACUCACCACAGUUUUAUGUGGGACUGCGAACUCGACGUAUAAACUAAAGGAAGAGCUGUGUGAAGCUUUGCACUGCUUCGUUCUGCUCUUCUUUCCAAGUGUGCAGGCACAACUUGUAGGCAAAAUAUGCCAAAGCUUUUCUACCAUUUGCAUAACCAUUUAUAAGGAACUUUGAGUGUGUGAAUGUAUGUCUCUUUUUCCCAGUAAAAAAUAAAGUCAGUGUUCCUUCUGCCAGUGAAAAUGCUAUAAUUUGUACAAUCAUAUUGUGAUUAUGUAUAAAGUAUCUAUUUCAGGCAGGUUGGUGGGGGGACUUGAAGUUAUAUUUAGACAUUUGACGAAAGACAUCUAAUUGCUGUCUUUGUAAGAAUUCAAUGAUAAGACUGAUGCCACCCCCAUGUCUGUGAGUUAACUAUGGAGCAGGAGCUGAGAGGCUUAACAUAAAGACUGGAAGUAACUAGCCUGUGUUUCUGUUCAAAGUAAAAAAAAAAAAAUAAAAUAAAAAACAAACAAAAAACACUUGUUAAGAUCCCCAGAACAAAAGUCCUGGAUGGACUGGAUUGUCUUAUCAACACAAUGUAUGUUCUUAUCUAGUGUAAGAGUAACACAUUGCUUUCUGUUAAGCACUUUUUCCACUAAGUAACAUUUUGUGAGUGAUUGAUUACAUUUCAACACUGGUAACAGUAAUUCCUACAGCCAGUGGUGGUUGGCUGGCAGUAAACAUGCUAGCAUGUUAGUUUUCUAUCAACAGUGCUAGCUUGGCUGCCUUUGUCAGCCAUCUGAUCCUCUCAAGCCUCCCAGCUUCCAGUCUUUAUGCUAAGCUAGCAAUUAGCCUAGCUAGCUGUUAGCUUCAUACUUAAGACCCAGAUGUGAGAAUGGUGUCAAUCUCCUCAUCUCAUUGUCAGAAAGUAAAACAAAUAAGUACAUUUCUAUCUAUAGUGUUUAACUAUGUCUUUAAACACUAUAUAUUAUGAUUAGAUUAAGAAGCUUCAUUAAAGGGAUAUAAAGUGGCAUCUUCCAAGUCUGGCAAAAGAUAUGAUGAAUUUAAUAGUCUCAAGCCCUGUGCUUUUUUUUUUUUUGCAUGUACCUUUACAGUAUAAGCUUGUUUUUGCCAAAGCCUGGAGCUUGAGCCUUACUGGCUGAUUUGUGCAUGUACAAGCUUUAAUAGCAUACCUCAGUGUUCACCUGAUAUAGACACAGUCCAAAUCAGGGUGUAACUGGCCUGCGUAAAUAUUUCUGGAUGGUGAUUUUUGUGAACUUAAAACUGUACAAAAUCAUAUAAUUCCAGUGUUAUAUGGACGGCAUGAUAUUUUUAGAUGAUAUGCAGUACCUUUUGGCAUCGCGUAGAUUGUCUUAACGCUUCGGUCAAAUAUACAGGCUCGUAUCCUUGCUGGAUGAGUGGAAUGAGGUCAGCAGUUGUGUGUGAUCCUCUCUUGUGGGUUUAAGUGUUGCGUUAUUGUCUGUGCAGCAAAGGAAGAAUAUUUGGAACUGGGGCAGGUUUUCACUUCACCCUGACACAGAAAUUUGCUGCAUUAUUAAAACACUGAAUGUCUUCAUUGGUGGAAAAGGAAGCUCCGUUAUUUCUAAGACUCAUUAAAGCAGUCUAGACACCAUCAGAAUCAACACAGGUUUCAAGUGGAUGUGUUGUUUAUGUUAAUCAUUUGUAAAUGGAUAAUGACAGUUAAUUUAAGUGUAGCUUUUCUCAAAGUUACAAUACUAAUCUGCAGUUUUGGCAUUUGUUCCUUGAUAUCAGUGAUCAUUCCUAAUUGAAUUGCUCUUGCAAACCCGCCUGACAUGUUUCUUUAUGUGUUAAUGUUCUGGAUGCUGUUAAGUGUUUAAAAAAAAAAACAAAAAAAAAACAAUAAUAAUAAUAAAACAAGGCAUUGUUCUAGUGUUUGACCAGCAACAGCAUGUCUCCUAUUCAACUGUUUUCUGAUGGAUGCUCUCAAGAUGUACCAAUCUGUAGAUGUCUUAACUCUGUGGAUACAGUUUGAAAUUCAGUGCCCUGUUGAGAAAACAAGUCAAGAAGAAGAAAAUGUGAUUUUAUGCCACUCUUUUCCUCCUUGUGAUCUGAUUUUGCAUAAUGUUCUCGUGCUGCAGGAUUUUUAUGGAGAGUCAGUGAAAAGCCUUGUUACUGUACCAACUGAAACUGUUCCAUGUGUUUAAAAAAAUGCUGCUUUAACUGCUUUGAUAAAGAAAUAAACCUCCUUCCAGUAGUUUGAGGUCUCUGUGUCUUUGUCAUUGCUUCUGAGAUACAGAUUUAAAGGCACAGUUUUUCUGCAGACAGUAGAGGGUGAUGAAGAGAAGGGGUACGAGUUAACUGAGCAGAGGUGUCCACAGUGAAUUCAUCUCUUUGAGUA